AUGUUGUCCUACGGUGAUAUCACUCUUAGAAUUAUCAACUUCAUCUUCUUGACCAUUGCGUUGGGUUUGACUGCCUCCUUGGCUGCCACCACCGUCGACCACCACAACCCUCAGGUCAGCUACUGUGUUUUCGCAGCAGCAUGGGGUAUUCUUUCCUCCUCCUUCUACGGUAUCGUUGCCUUCUUUGUCGCCUUCUUGGCCUCCCCAGUCUUCUUGGCAAUCUUCGACUUCAUGAACUUUGUCUUCACGUUUGCAGGUGCCACUGCAUUGGCCGUUGCCAUCAGAUGCCACUCGUGCUCCAGUCAAGACUACCUUGACAACAACAAGGUCACCCAAGGCUCCAAGGACAGAUGUAGAAAAGCACAAGCUUCCGUUUCUUUCCUAUACUUCUCUGUCUUUGUCUUCUUGUUCUCCUUGGUCAUGCAAGCCAUGAACAUCUUGAAGAACGGUUUCUUCUCCACCUCUGUGCCAAAGACCCCAAGAACCGGUGUCCCAACCAUGGCUCAAGUUUAA